GUUAUGACAAUAUAAACAACACAUUGAUUGACAUCACUAUUAGUAUCAAAURAUUAACACAUUUAUUGUUAUUUUUAAUGAUAAUUGUUUUAUUUAAUUAACAUAUUUAUCAUUUAUUUGGUUAUACGGUAUAAUCUAAAUGAUUAUUAUUGACGAUAAUGUGUGGCAACAAUGACAGUCACCGAUAACGUGUCCACUGAGUGGUCUUCAAAUGAGAUUAAAUGAUUGCCGAAGUGUUUGUUGCAAACAAUAUCUUAUUAUUAGUUUAGACCAAUUGUGCCAUAAUUGUCAUCAGUUGUGGUGAUAAUUGAUUGCUUACUCAAAAUGCAAGAAACGUUAUCACCUGCAGCUGAUCUCAAUAAAGAGUCUCAACAACAACAACAACAACAGCAAUAUUUACAACAAUUAAAUAAUGAAGAAAAUCAUGAAGAAAGUGAAACAAGGGAUCAAAUUAAUACAAAUGAUAACGAGUUAGCAGUUAAUUAUGAGGAAAGCCAUCAUUGGUCACAUCAUAUCAAUUACUACAACAAUAUAACAAUCGGCGAUUGGUCUAUUGGUGGCGGAUCUGAUUACGGACAAUUGCCAUAUCUUAUAGACUCUGGUGAUAUAAUCAUUGAAAUUGAUGGCACAAAAGUUGCGGGUCUCACCCGAACCGAUGUCUGCGAGAUCAUCAACUCGAAGACAUCCCAUUCUAUUAAAUCAGUUCAGGCAUCAAAUGCUUACGGACUGCCGAUUGAGUUACGCGAAUAUCUGGCCCGAAGGUUUGCCAGAGGAAGUAUUGAUCACGAGUUACAAUCGACUAUUCGGGACAAUGUCUAUAUGCGUACCAUUCCGUGUACAACUAGACCUCCGCGACCUAAUGAAUCGGAUGGUGUUGACUAUAAAUUUGUCACUAAAGAACAGUUCAUUGAAAUGGAUCGGUCGGGACUUUUACUAGAGUCUGGUGUCUAUGCGGCACACUUUUAUGGCACUCCAUUGCCAUUAACAACAUUUCCGACCAAUGAUAUGUCAAACAACGUGACAAACAAUAUCCCUAACUAUGAACAACAAUCGAUGAAUAGCUCGAUGACAUCAUUAGCUGCGAAACGUCGUCGUAAUCGGUCAAACAUAGCGGCCAUCGAUGCGGCCUCUCUUCCUCACGGAUGGGAACGCAUAUCCGAUGCCCACUACGGUAUCUAUUAUAUCGAUCAUAUUAACAAACGAACUCAAUAUGAGAGGCCAUAUGAGACUGAGCUUAUCAAAGGAGUGUCCGGUUUUGGUUUUACGCUUAUUGAGAUCGAUAAAGGAUUGGUAGUCGUCAAAAGUAUAAUACCUGGAGGACCAGCACAUACAGCCGGUACUAUACAACCGGGUGAUGUACUCGUAUCAGUGUCUGGUGUAUCAGUGGCUGGUUUGCAACACUCAGAAAUUGCCCGAUUGUUUGCCACGUUUACAGUCGGCGAUCGUAUUAAACUGACGUUUGCUCGCGGAUAUCAAUUGCCCGCUGAUAUCAAUGAUGAAGAAUAUGAUAUUUUGAGUAUUACUCUCACUAAAGGAAUGCAAGGCUUUGGCUUUACUAUAAGUGAUGCACAUUCGGGUCAAAAGGUCAAGAAAAUCCUUGAUAUUGAUCGAUGCGGAGCUCUUAGACAGGGAGACAUUCUUAUGUCUAUCAACUCGAUCGACAUGUCAAACAUGUCACACUUGGAAGUGGUAGAUGUUCUUAAGCAGUGUCCUAUCGACGAACCGGCUGUUCUUAUGGUUAAACGAAAAAAGAGAUUUCGCUCAAAAACUCCAUUAAUAUUGCAAAAUAAUUGGGAAAACGAUGGUUAUGUUCAACCAAUCCGUAAUUGUAAGACACCUAACGCUGAAAUGAUAGGACGGAUGUCUAACACUUAUGUCGACAACAAUGACUUAAUGAUUAACCAUUCAGUAUCUCAAUAUUUACCAAAUAGUAACUCAUAUCCAAUCGAUGGCUUUUAUGUGAAUCAAAACAAUCUCAAAUCACAAUCCGCACCAUUACUUCCUACUUUAACAACAUUGUCACCAGAAAUGCAAAUCGAAACUCCACCUCUUCAGCCAUCAAUAACCAAUUCAGAUAUGACAGCAUCGAACUCUCUCGAAGAAGAUUAUGAAUAUUUUAGGGCAUCACUGACUCGCUCUGAAUCAGGUUUUGGUUUCCGGAUUGUCGGUGGCGCUGAAGAGGGACGAAAUGUUGCUAUUGGUUCGAUAGUCAUCGGCGGUGUUGCCCAUAGAGAUGCCGUUCUAAAAGCCGGCGAUGAAAUUAUAUCAAUAAAUGAAAGGAAUGUAAUGGGCGCCAGUCAUCAGGAAGUGGUUCAACUUAUGUCACAAACGGGACCAAUGGUCUCAAUUCUGGUCAGACGUAAGCGUAACGCCGAUACAUAUGAAGUGACGCUAUUUCGCGAAGACUCUGAAGGUUUUGGGUUUGUUAUUAUAUCGUGCGGUGACUGUGCUCUCAUCGGUCGCAUCAUUGAAGGAAGUCCUGCGCAAAGAUGUCAAAGACUUCAUAUUAGGGAUCGAAUAGUAGCCGUAAAUGGCUUUGACAUCACUUCACUCUCUCAUCCGGAUAUUGUUAAUAUGAUUAAAGAGUCGGGACAGACACUCAGUUUGCGUAUUAUUCCCGCUGAUUGUUAUACCGUUGAACUAAUUCGUGGCCCAAAAGGCUAUGGAUUUUCAAUCAGAGGCGGAGCAGAGUUUAAUGGUAUGCCUCUCUUCAUACUCAGGAUAGCACCGGACGGUCCGGCCUUUUCACUGCUCAAUGUUGGCGAUGAAAUCAUUGAAAUUAACGGUUAUUCAACUGUAGGUCUAACACAUGCCGAUGCAGUUAAUGCCAUUAGUCAAAGUGGACCCGCAGUUAAGCUAAAACUUAGACACAAUUAUAUUACUCCUAUCAAUUGGGCCCCAAAUAUGUCUCCCUUUCCAACAUUGCCAACAUUUAUGAAUUAA